AUGCGUCCUAAGCUCCGAGGGUGUAUCAACAACGACAUUUGCCCCUCGUGGCUUUGGAGCAUGCUCGAGGGGCUUGAUGAGGUUGAAGACGAAAGUCAGGAGGUGACCGAGGCGCAAGAAGAGGUUGCAAGAGCAAAGUAUGAAGAGUAUAAGAAGCAGUUUGCAGAAAACCACUACACUCGACGAUCGCCCCUAAUUCGCAAGAACUUUGGAGAAUUCUUGGAGACGGCACUUGAGGAUAUACCUCCCCCGGACUCGGAUGACAAUUCCGACGAUGAAAUUAGCUUGACGGAUGACGAUGAAGAGGAGGAACUUUCAUCUGAGACGGACUCUCUUGGCAGUCUUUCGGGCUCUAUGGAACCCAGCAGUGCUCCUCCUGGUUUGGGUGUCCACUUCGAGAUCAAUCCUGAACUGCUCUCCCAAGAAAACGUCCCUGCCAAGGAAGACAGCCCAGACCCAAAAAGCGAGUCUCCCUCGGCCGAAAAUCUGGCAGUGGAGUAUCGAGAUCUCAUAGCACCUAUCUGGGCUUUGUUCUUCCCGAACGACUCAGACCCUGAUACUGAAGUUUCUCAAUAA